UUCGUGAUGUUUACGUAAAUCUUACACGAAAGCGCGAGCUUUUUCGAAGUCGGAAAAACUUAUGAACUUACGCCGUGAUGUCGGAGCAGUAUGAAACAUUUUUCGCGGUUCUAUCACGCUCAGAGCGGGAAACACGUAGUCUAUUUUAAGUUUUUCCGUAGAGUUUGUGUAAGUGCGCUCGCCGCGCGUUAACAAAAUGAUGUUGGUGUCCCUGAAAACUUUCAGAAGUACUCGCAAAGAUCUUAUAAACAGUGUGGCCCACUUUCUACUUCUGAUGGUUGGAGCAAUUUGGUUUCAAAGUUUUCACGUCAAAUCUGAAGACGACUCUGUAAACGUGAUACAUCAUGUGGACGCCGUUCAAGGGGGUGUAGCGAAAUUGCCUUGUGAUAUUACACCAGCUGUUAAAGGUGAUAAAAUGCACAUCGUCAUAUGGUACAAAGAGGGCAUUAAAAGCAAGCCAGUGCCAAUAUAUACUUUCGAUUCUCGCGAUAAACAACUGAAACAAGGAAAGCAUUGGUCGGACGAGCACAUCUUAGGAGGGCGCGCCUACUUCCGGUAUCAGGACGAACCCGCUAAACUAACCCUGGACAGCGUUAAGGAGAGCGAUGGUGGAAUUUAUCAAUGUAGGGUCGAUUUUAGGCAAACCCCUACGAGAAAUAUUAAAGUUAACCUAACCGUUAUAAUUCCUCCGGAGAAAUUGAGUAUCUUAGAUGAAAGAGGAGUUCAUAUCCCUCAUUAUAUUCUUGGACCUUACAAUGAGGGAGCCUCCGUCAAUAUUACAUGCGUAGCCACAGGGGGCAGACCUCUGCCGGAAGUUACGUGGUGGCAAGAAAAUGCGUUACUGGAUGAAUCGUUUGAACCUCUCACAGCUAGACGAGUAAGAAACAUCUUGCAUUUGGAACAACUGGAGAGGAGGGAUCUACAUCGAGUUUUUACAUGUCAAGCUACCAACAAUGAAUUAGUUACUCCUAUUUCAAGCUCGGUUACAUUGGACAUGAAUUUACGUCCUCUGUGGGUGAAACUGCUUGGAGAGAAUAGACCGCUUUCAGCUGAAAAUACGUACGAAUUAAAUUGCGAAGUGGUUGGAUCCCGUCCACCCCCUACAAUUACAUGGUGGAAAGGAAGCAUACAAAUGACAAACACUCGUGAAACAACAAGCCCGGAUAGUAACACAACGACCAGUGUUUUAACAUUUUCGCCUACAAUCGAUGACGGUGGAAAGUUUUUGUCGUGCAGGGGGCAACAGCAACUCAUUCCGAAAAGUGGCAUUGAGGAUGGAUGGAAAUUGGAUAUUCACCACGUUCCUUUAGUUUCCCUGGAAUUAGGAAGUAAUCUAAACGGAAGCACAAUUAAAGAAGGUGUCGACGUAUAUUUCGAAUGCAAUAUUAAGUCGAAUCCCUGGGUGUAUAAAGUGAGCUGGAGACAUAACGCGAAGGUGCUGUACAAUAACGCCGGGGUUGGAACAAUAGUUAGUAAUCAAAGUUUAGUGCUGCAAAACGUAACAAGAUCUAGAAGUGGCUUAUAUACGUGCGUGGGGAGUAAUCAAGAGGGAGAUGGCGAAAGCAAUGUCGUGCAGCUCGAUGUAAAAUUUGCACCUGUGUGCCGUCCGGGACAACCGAAGAUUUACGGUGUAGCGCGCCAAGAAAUUGCGGAAAUACGUUGUGAAUUAGAAUCAAAUCCGACCGAUAUACAGUUCACGUGGAAAUUCAAUAACACCGAUAACAACCUUCUAACUGUAGAUCUACCGCAGAAUUUAAUUGCCACAGAUCGCGCACGAAGUACGGCUUCGUAUCAACCUAUGACUGAACGUGACUAUGGUACAUUGCUUUGUAGUGGAAGUAAUGAGAUUGGAGAUCAAAGAGAACCGUGUGUGUUUUACAUUAAUCCCGCAGGCAAGCCAGAUUCGCUGUCGAAUUGUACAAUCCAAAAUCAAACCGUGGAAUCUCUUCACGUCGAGUGCAUUGAAGGUUUCGACGGUGGUUUACAUCAGGAAUUCAUUAUGGAACUCUACGAUACGUUGACACGGAAAUUGGUCAAUAACGUCACGUCCAAAAUUCCUACAUUUACUGUAAGCGGACUCGAGUCUGGAUUGGAGUUUCAGAUAGGUUUAUACGCCAUCAAUAAAAAGGGCAAAAGUUCAACCUCCUAUUUACAAACGCACACACUAAAAUCCGCCGAAAAGCAUACCGCUCUCACACCUGUGCUGUUGCAUAUUACCCCAAUACUCGGAAUACUAAUUGGAGUUGUUUCCUCUCUUAUUUUAGUCGCCAUAAUCAUUAUUUUAGUUAUACGUGUUCGGGGUGCAAGUUCUUCGGAUGACUACAAGGACUCUCGAUUUUCGUGCAGAGAUGGCGAAAAUAACAGUAAAAAUAGCAUGCAAACAUUAAGUAAAGAAUUAAACAGCAGCACAGAUAGUCUCGAAGAAAAAAACCCAGAUAUUGUUCCCCACAAUAGCGGAGACAGCGAGUAUCAAGAGGAAGAGCGUGCGUUUGAGCGUUUAAAUAAUUCCUCCGUUAGAAAUUACAACAGAUUACAAACGUUAGAAGAUGACCACCAACAACGCGUAUACGACAGUUACAAUAGCAACGAAAUAACUUACGCCGAAUUGUCCCUCGGCAAACAGCAGUUAUCCCCCGUAAUUUACAGUAAUCAACAGUCUAUUCCAAUGUCUGUGAUAAGAACCCAAGAACCUACGCUUUACGCGCAAAUAGAUGUUUCUAAGUGCGUGCAGCCAACAUAUUUAAACAGUAAUAGCGUUUCCUUCUCCUGUCAGUCUUCAGCAGUGCCGCAUCAACAUUAUUCGGAAUACAUGCCACGUCCAAAUGGGGAGGAGCAUCUGCAGGAUGGCUACACAACUGCCGAAACCCCACUCAUAAGCAACAGGGAAAAUAAUGUAAUCCAACCGUUGCGAGAAGGAAGCUGUAACAGAUCACCUAUGAGCGCGACACAACCCCGUUCAACCACAGCCACAGCGACUCGUUUCUGACCACUUUAAAGUAAGAGUUAUAGUGCGUUAAAAAUAAAAGUGAUUGUAAAUCCAAGUUCUUGUAAGGUGGCGCGAUGAUAGACUGUAAAUAAAAGACUGAUUAAAAAGAUAAUUGGUUAGAAGUGUUUUAGUUGCGAUGUUUUUGACAAUUAUUAAAACGACUGAUAUGAAAAUUACAAAAGUUUUAAUCCGAAUUUCAUGUAUUUACUUGUACAUAAAUUUUUCUAGCUGUGAAAAUAAACGAAUUGAUUUAUUAAUACUUUGUA